CCGCCCCCGCGGCCGGCCACGUCCUGCACGUAGCGACCGGGCCGGCGGCACAGAGCUGCAGGUUGGCGCCGGGGGCUCCGGCUCCUCCGACGGGGCUCGGGAUGAGGCUGGCGAGGCUGCUCCGAGGCGGCCGGGGCGUCCGCUGCGCGGUGCCCAGUGCCAGCCGCAGUCUGGCCUCGGGCUCGGCCUCGGGCUCCGGGCCGGAGUCGGAGCGUGGCGUUCCGGGCCAGGUGGACUUCUACGCGCGCUUCUCACCGUCGCCGCUCUCCAUGAAGCAGUUCCUGGACUUCGGAUCAGUAAAUGCUUGUGAAAAGACCUCAUUUAUGUUUCUGCGACAAGAGUUGCCUGUUAGGUUGGCAAAUAUAAUGAAAGAAAUAAGCCUUCUUCCAGACAAUCUUCUCCGGACCCCAUCUGUACAGUUGGUACAAAGUUGGUAUAUCCAGAGUCUGCAGGAGCUGCUUGAUUUUAAGGACAAAAGUGCUAACGAUGCCAAAACUAUUUACGAAUUCACAGACACAGUGAUAAGGAUCAGAAACCGGCACAAUGACGUCAUUCCAACCAUGGCCCAGGGUGUGACCGAAUACAAGGAGAGCUUCGGGGUGGAUCCUGUCACCAGUCAAAAUGUCCAGUACUUUUUGGAUCGAUUCUACAUGAGUCGCAUUUCAAUUAGAAUGUUACUCAACCAACACUCUUUAUUGUUUGGUGGAAAAGGAAGCCCAUCUCAUCGAAAACACAUUGGAAGCAUAAAUCCAAACUGCGAUGUAGUCGAAGUUAUUAAAGAUGGCUAUGAAAAUGCUAGGCGGCUUUGUGAUUUGUAUUAUGUUAACUCUCCUGAACUAGAACUUGAAGAACUAAAUGCGGUUUCACCAGGACAGACAAUACACGUGGUUUAUGUACCAUCCCAUCUCUAUCACAUGGUGUUUGAACUGUUCAAGAAUGCAAUGAGGGCAACCAUGGAGCACCAUGCUGACAAAGGUGUCUAUCCCCCGAUUCAAGUUCAUGUCACACUGGGUGAGGAGGACUUGACCGUGAAGAUGAGUGACCGGGGAGGUGGUGUUCCCCUGAGGAAGAUUGACAGACUCUUCAACUACAUGUACUCGACGGCACCCCGGCCUCGUGUUGAGACCUCCCGUGCAGUGCCGCUGGCUGGUUUUGGUUAUGGAUUGCCCAUAUCACGCCUCUAUGCACAGUACUUCCAGGGAGACCUAAAGCUGUAUUCCUUGGAGGGCUACGGGACUGAUGCUGUUAUUUAUAUUAAGGCUCUGUCAACAGAAUCCAUCGAGAGACUCCCUGUGUAUAAUAAAGCUGCCUGGAAGCAUUACAGAACCAACCACGAGGCUGACGACUGGUGUGUCCCCAGCAGAGAGCCGAAAGACAUGACCACAUUCCGAAGCUCUUAGAUGCACGCGGGACGGCUGGAAAAUCCAAAUGUGGAUUAUGCUGAGUUUGGAAGAGGUGUAUUUGGAGCCACAUUGUACUAAAUAUGUCACGUGUGAUUUUCACAGUUCAUGUUUGCUAAAGCUCCUGAAGGAUCAAUUACACCAACUUUAUUCUGAUAUGUUUGGUUAAUUGGACAUAUUUUUAAACACUCAUAGUGUUGGUCAACUUCCCUCUGUGCGGUAGACGUAUGGAGUGUGAAGUCUCUGGGUUUCUGUAGGAAGUUAAGUAUUUUUUUUUUUCAAGUUUUCAUUUAUGUCCGCUAGAAACCUCUAAAGGAUGCGGAGUAGCUGGUUAGCCGCCUGCUUUGGAGUUCUGUCAUCUGUUAGUGGUAACGCCUUAUCAGAUGGUUUUCUCAUCCCCCAUGAAAGCAGAACACAGUGGUACCAGUAGGACCUUUCACAGCGUCUACUGCAUUGUCUACUGAAAUGAACUGAUCAUGGCAUAGUUUUAUUGCAGUGCAUGGUAAUGACUGUUUCCUCACAGAGCUAAGUCCGGAUCAUGGGUAGUGGGCUCAGGAUCGGUGCAAGGGUUUCCUUUGAAAACAGUGUCUCGCCGCGUAGCCGUAGCUGGCCACGAACACAGUGCCCUUCCUUAGCCUCCUGAGCGCUGCAACGAGAAGGGUGUGUCUGGCUUGUAAGAGAAAUGCGUAUUUCCCAAGCAAGCAAAGGAGCAGAGAGAAUAAACUAGGGCGAAGGCACCAAGUGCCCGCCCGACUGAGCUGGUGGACUGUUGAGAUUAUCUGAUGGAGCUUCUGAAGAACUGGUUUCUCUGGGUCCUGCUCCAGGCACCCAGAGGCUGAAGGCCAGAGGUGAGCUUCUCCAAGUAGGUGAGGCUCACGGCAGGCCUGGCUGAAGCCACACUUCAGAGUGAAUAAUGACAUCACCGCUGUGGCCAAAGGGACAGAAUGGAUUGGUGUGACCUUUGGUUCCCUGUUUAAUCCGAACCUCAGGCCUGGUACAACUGAAAGCAGAAUCAGGACCAGGGAGACUAGGGCGACCCCGGUCACCGUGGCUGUAGUGGUGACUACAGAUGCUGUAUUGUUCAAACUGUGCCCAGAAUUUUUUCGUUUUGCUUUUGAAUCAGAGAAAAGUCAACUUAGAUCGGCUACAAAAAAUCCCUCACGUCUGUGUGGUCAUUUAAAGUUUGCGAAUGCUUUGAAAUAGUAGGACGUUAUUUAUGCCACAACACAGCCGUGGAGCAGGUAGUGACACCUUGAUCCUCACUCAGAGUGACCCGAAGUCACACAGAAUUGGAGCCACAGCCUGAGCUAUCCCUGCUCAUCGCUGUCUUACUGUAUCUGUUGAGUGAUGAGGAAAUUCUUUGAGAAUGUGCUUUCCCACUUAAGCUGGAGGGAUUUGGGGGUUUGGUUUGGAAAAUGCUGUGACAGGAUUUAUCAAAUUUCACUGUGUCCCAUAAAUAUAUACAAUUUAAUACAAAAGCCAAAUUAUGCAACACAGCACAAAAUAGGAUUUUUGUACCAAACGAUAGAAACGUAGAUUGAGGAUGCUCCAUGGUGGUCAGCCCAGAACCCUCAUGGGAGGGGUGAGGGCCUGAACUCGGGUCCUGUUGGUUCAGGGCUUAGCUAAUAUGACCAAAUGUUGAAAAAGACACCUCCUAGUGUUCUAAUUGAGGACUUUGUAAGAAAUAGACUGUGUUCCUGAGUGACGUUUACUCCAUGUGUUACACUUAUUAGCUUUAAAUUACAUUUUCCUGCAACGCUGAAGUAUUUUGGAAUCUUUUGUACAACUGUCAAUAAACGUACUAUUUUUACUUGUGAAA